AUAAAUUUGGUGCGAUCAGAUAGAAGAUCCAUUUUUUUUGGACACGUCGAAGCCAAAGCCAAAGUCUCCUCCGCGUUUGUGGAGCUUUUCAGACCAGACCACCUUCGAGAACAACAACUCCCAUAGUUUCUGUGGAGAUUUAAAAAAACAUGAACAUCUUCUCCAAGAAACCUAAUCCCAGAGAAGUGCUUAGGGAGAGUAAGAGAGAGAUGACUCAAGCUACUAGAGGAAUCGAAAAGGAAAUCUCAUCUCUGCAAUCAGAAGAGAAAAAGCUUGUUCUUGAGAUUAAAAGAACUGCUAAAACAGGGAAUGAGGGAGCGACUAAGAUUCUUGCCAGGCAAUUGAUCCGGUUAAGGCAGCAAAUAGCUAACUUGCAAGGUAGCCGAGCUCAAAUGCGAGGCAUUGCUACUCAUACACAGGCUAUGCAUGCACAUACUUCUGUUGCUGCAGGAAUACAAGGUGCCACUAAGGCAAUGGCAGCUAUGAGCAAGAAUAUGGAUCCAGCUAAACAGGCUAAGGUUAUGAGAGAAUUCCAAAAACAGUCUGCACAAAUGGACAUGACUACUGAGAUGAUGUCAGACUCCAUAGAUGAUGCUUUAGACAAUGACGAAGCUGAAGACGAAACAGAGGACUUGACCAACCAGGUUCUUGAUGAAAUCGGCAUUGAUGUCGCCUCACAGUUAUCAUCUGCUCCAAAAGGUAAAAUUGGUAGAAAGAAUGCGGAAGAUGUGAGCAGCAGUUCUGAAAUGAGUGAUCUGGAGAAACGGUUGGCGGCGCUUAGAUAGAGAGAAACAAGUGCCGUGAGCUUGAAGAAAACGUUUCAGACCAAACAAAUUCAUUACGUUUCAAUGUUUCUUCUACAGUUUGUUUGUGGGAUAUCUAUAAACAACUAAACUAAUGCUAGUGACUAUAUUUUUCUUUGAACCUUUUCCCAUAAGCAAUGUACAAAACCUCUUUGAUAUUGUGAUGAGAUUAUACAGCGUAGGAUUCUGAUCUCA